GUAUCAAGUCUCUGAGAGACAGACGCUGGUCGCCUUUUCGAACGGUGCUGGCACCGCCAUCUUUCCUUGAACACAUUCACAUUCGUCUUUUUUCCAUCUAUCGAAUCGUCUGAUUUUGCCCUCCCCCAAUACAGUCAAAAGAAAUGAUCUGGAAAUUGACAUUGGCAAUGGUGUGCUGUUUGAUACAGAUGGGACAAGCACUACCAAUGACCGAUAUGGGAAUAACAGUUGUUGAUCGUCCGCUGGAUUUUGCCAAACUACCUUCCGACCUUACAUCCUCUUCUCAAUUAGUCCUACAUCCCUCAUCUUCCAAUGAUCCCAAAUCCCCCUAUUCUUCGUCAGACGACUCAAACUUAGAAGAAUCGACCAAGGCCAAGGUUGAGGACGCCGGUAUGUUCUUCGAAGCUCUCUCUGCUUAUCUUUCUUCGUUGGAAGAUGAGAAACAGCUUGAGGAUAGUCUACAAGAUCAUGAUGAUGAAGUACGUGUCGAUGAUCUCCGAGAUCAUGAUGGAAAGUCACAAGGAAAUCAGGGUGGGAAGAAAUCGGAGGACAUGGGCGGUAUGGACAACCCAGAAGGGGAAGAUAUGGAGGAUGGGGUCGAAGGGUGGUAUUCCUCAGAUGGGAGUUGGGAUUUAGAGCAAUCGCUCGACGCAUGGAGAGAAGAAUAUGAUCUCGCGCUAGACGCUGAGAGGCAAGUGGAGAGAGUAAGAAUGAUGUUGAGGAUGUAUGAGUCUAGAGAGGGUAAGAUGAGAUGGAUGGUGGGAGUGAAAUAGAUCGAGCUGAGGGAUAUACUCUUCAUAGGUGGUUCGUGCACAUGCACCAUGUCUUUUCAU